UGUUUGUACUGGCCUGGUGCUGCGCCUGCGCACUGUGCUGAGUCCUUGGCUGCGCGGCCCGCUGUAGGUUAUAUAGGUUUACAGGCGACAGAGACAAAAUGCAGAGCUGGACGCAGUUAUACCGCUCUCUGGCCACGCGGAGCCACCAUCUUCCCUGCAAACUGCACGGAGCGUCGGUUCUCUCCGUCCGAACCUACGCUGACAAAGCAGCAAUCGAUGCAGACGUCACAGUGGUGGGCUCCGGUCCAGGCGGCUACGUCGCCGCCAUCAAAGCGGCGCAGCUCGGCUUCAAGACAGUGUGUGUUGAGAAGAAUGCGACGCUGGGCGGGACCUGUCUGAACGUCGGCUGCAUCCCCUCGAAGGCUCUGCUGAACAACUCCUACUUGUACCACUUGGCUCACGGCAAGGACUUUGAAAGCAGAGGCAUCGAAAUCUCAGGCAUCUCGUUGAACCUGGAGAAGAUGAUGGCUCAGAAGAGCGGAGCGGUCAAAGCGCUGACCGGAGGAAUCGCACAUCUAUUCAAACAGAACAAAGUGACCCACGUCAACGGUUUUGGGAAGGUGACCGGUAAGAACCAGGUGACGGCGGUAGCGGCAGACGGCAGCGAGCAGGUCAUCAACACCAAGAACAUCCUCAUCGCCACCGGCUCCGAGGUCAUGCCCUUCCCUGGGAUCCAGAUUGACGAGGAGACCAUCGUGUCGUCAACAGGAGCUCUGUCCCUGAAGAAAGUUCCAGAGGAGAUGAUCGUGAUCGGAGGCGGAGUCAUCGGAGUGGAGCUGGGGUCAGUGUGGCAGCGUCUGGGCUCUAAAGUCACGGCGGUGGAGUUCCUGGGCCACGUGGGCGGCAUGGGCAUCGACAUGGAGAUGUCCAAGACCUUCCAGCGCAUCCUGCAGAAGCAGGGCUUCAAGUUCAAGCUCAGCACCAAAGUCAUGGGAGCCACCAGGAGGCCCGACGGCAAGAUCGACGUGGCAGUUGAGGCGGCGGCCGGAGGGAAGAACGAGACUCUGACGUGUGACGUGCUGCUGGUCUGUAUCGGCAGACGACCUUUUACCCAGAAUCUGGGUCUGGAUUCUGUAGGCAUCGAACUGGACAACAGGGGCCGCAUCCCCAUCAACAACCGCUUCCAGACCAAAGUACCCAGUAUUUAUGCCAUCGGUGACGUCGUCGCCGGGCCGAUGUUGGCCCACAAGGCCGAGGACGAGGGCAUCAUCUGCGUGGAGGGCAUGGCCGGCGGCGCCGUGCACAUCGACUACAACUGCGUUCCCUCCGUCAUCUACACACACCCCGAGGUGGCCUGGGUGGGCAAGACAGAGGAGCAGCUCAAAGAGGAGGGCGUCCCGUACAAAGUCGGCAAGUUCCCCUUCGCCGCCAACAGCCGAGCCAAGACCAACGCAGACACCGACGGCAUGGUGAAGAUCCUCAGCCACAAGGAGACGGACAGGAUGCUGGGAGCUCACAUCGUCGGAUCUGGGGCAGGAGAGAUGAUCAAUGAAGCUGCUUUGGCCAUGGAGUACGGCGCUUCCUGUGAGGACAUCGCCAGAGUCUGCCACGCUCAUCCUACGGUGUCGGAGGCCUUCAGAGAAGCAAACCUGGCCGCCUCCUUCGGCAAAGCCAUCAACUUCUGAUCCGCCGGGCCGCUGUCGCACCUUCAUUGUACAUAACAGAGGACAACCAGGAAGUUGUGUGUGUGUGUGUGUGUGUGUGUCUGUGUCACAAAAACAACAACAACAACAACAACCUUCAUCCAGCCCAGCGGGAUCCUCUGUGUACAUCCAAACUGUACCACAUUUAGUUCUAAUGUUAUUUAACUGUUCUGAAUAAAAUGAUAAGAGAGGGUUUUUGUUGGGGAGGCGGUAAAUAAACGCUGACUGCAGAUCAGUCUUCUUUGCUUUCCAGAACACAUAGUUUAAAGAAAACAACAAAAAAAGAUCCCAAAGGAGGAGGAGCAGAGUACUCGCUCAUUUACACAACAUAGAGAUAUAAAUAUUAUUUUCGCUCGGUGGAGGUUUCUCUUGUAGAAGAAGGAGUGUUUUUGUUUCUCUGUUUUUUACAGUGUGAAAGAGUUUCAACACGACGAAUAUGAUGUGUAAUCAGAGCAGGAAGCUGGAACCGCUCAGUUUAAAGAAAGAAGGAAUAAAUUCACUCUUGAAGUUUCUCUGUUGGUUAAAACACGUUCAGUAACGUUGAGUCGUCAAUAUCUCUGAUGGCGAAAUUAGAAACUAGAAAGAGAUUAAUUUAUCAUUUGUUUCCUUUAAAGUACUUUUUAGGUGCACAUACCGUAAAACUUCUAUCAAAAGUCCAGAAAAGACACAUGUCUCCUUUACUAGCCUGGUGUCUCCAUUAGAGGCCUGGUGUGGAUUUUAUGGAAAUUAUCUAAAAGUGUUUAAACUUCUUUCAGAGAAAAAAGCUGAAAUGAGUUUUGUGCCGAAGGAUUGAAAUAAACUGGGCUACUAUUAGAGGUUUUACGGUAUUCACCUUUAAUUAACUGCUUGUUAGCAUGUGUAGUAGCAGCAUAUUGGCUCUUUAUUAGUCGUUAUAAAUCACUUAUUAAUGCAUUGACCCUAUUCUACAUCUAGAAGACGAAUUACUGCUUAUUGAUAGUAUGUAAGGAAGUUGUUGUACAUGAAUUUGGCUGAUGUUUAUUUGUUGCUAUUUAUUUACCCGUAUAUGACGGGGAAACAAAUAAAUCAACAAUCAUAUUCUGAGUUAAUUUACAGUUAUUCAGACUAUUAAGACUUGUAGUUUUGUUACCUAAGAAUAGUCAUUUAUUUUUUAUAUAUAUAAUAUAUAUAUAUUUUAAGGGAGAACUCUUGCGGUAUUAACACCUUAUAAAGCCCAUACUGAGCACCGCUUAUUAACAGCAUCAAUAAUGUACAACAACUUCCUUAAUUACUAUCAAUAAUUAUAAUAAUUAGGAGGUUAUUGAGGGAAACCAGAAUAUGGCAUUAAUAAGUGAUUUAUAGUGACUAAUAAAGAGCUAAUAAGCAAUUAGUCAAUGUGUACUUUAUAGUGACUAAAAAGUUUUAGCUAACCUCUGAAACAGCUAGUAAAUGUGUACGACAUCUAGCUCUAUAAAUGUUCUUUUUAACUUCUCUCCUGUGGGAAUUCUGACUUAUUUAUUAAAACUCAGCAUUUAUCUUUGACUACUUAAAGGUUCCCAGUGGAGGUUUAGAGCUCCAGUGGAUCUGCGUCUCUGUGCACGAGGAUUUAAAAUACUUACAAAUCUGCUUUUACGCGCCAAUAUAGAGCUCGAGGAUCCACACGAUGUGAAUGUAACUCCACUUUAGGCUGUAAUGUUAUUUUAACUCUAAAACAAAUUGUUGAAACUGAUUAAAUUGAAACUUUUAUGCAGCACAAACACAAUUUUUUUAAGUUACAGAAACAUUAUUGUACUUACAAAAGUUAGUUUUCAGUUUCUUUGAGUUCCAUUAACUUACAGUGAAGUGAAUAUAAACUAAAGUUCUGGAGGAAGAGCUGUUGAUAGUUGCUGUUUCCUGCUCUGAUUGCUGCACUCUGAUUGGCUCUGGCCCUACUCCGGCUUUUCUCACCAUUUAAAACCAAUAAAUGCAAUAUCAGGUAAA